AAAGCGCACUUUCCCCCAAAUUCAACGAACAGUUUGUCAGUCUGCCCCAUCGGAUUGAAAUUCAAAUCGGUUGGAUUUCCAGUGAGAACUAAGUGAACGAUGCCAAGUGAAAGUUUGGAAUUCCUGAAGGACCUGAACCAACCGAAAGUGUACGAACUGAAGAAGGCCUUCUGUCUGUUCGAUCUGGACGGCGACGGGGUCAUCAGCGAGCAGGAUCUGAAGAAUACCUUUCUGACGCUGGGACUGGAACAGCCCGAGGCCGAGAUUAGCAAGAUGUUCGACGGUGUGGUGCAACCUCUCAACUUGGACGUAUUUUUACUGCUAAUUCUUCAGCGAACCAACGGACUGGCCCCCAUGGACGUGAUGGUGAGCGCCUUUCGGCAUUGGGAUAAACCAAACACCGGAUUUAUCAAUAAGGAAAAGUUCAUGUUUGACAUCAUGAAUUAUGGAGACCGGUUCACGCCGGAUGAAGCCGACGAGGCCCUCGAAGAUGCCGUCGUUACUCGCGGACCGCAAAUGGAUCGGGACGGACGGCUUAUGGAAAAGUUCGACUAUCUGGAUUUUGCGGAAAACAUUUCCGGCUUCCAGAAAACGGAGCACAACUGAACCCCGACGCCUGACCUGAGCCUAUGGUGCCAUCGAUGCCAUCGCGGCCUGGUGCAGACGUGAAGACGAUGAUGUUGGCAGCCGGCCGAGCAGGUCACACCAAGCAGGGGAAUGGGUAUUUUCCAAGCCAACUAAAUUUACACCAGGAAAUAGAACUUGUACUGUUUAUGUUUCGAUUUUAUUUCUUCCGUUCGGAAAUCGAAAGUGCAUUGAAUCGUUCCCGGGGGAAAACUCACAAAAGGCGAAACCACACAUUAUUGGUUGCGGUUCUGAAGGGUUAAUUUUCUGAAAUUCGUAUGAUCAGACUAGAGAAAAAAAACUUUUAGAUACUGGUCGUAAAACAAAGGCUUCCUCGACGGAUUCCAUUAAUGACUCUUCCGGAGACAAUUCUUUUCUCCGCUCGGUGGUUCCUUCCUAUUAGGCGGCAACCCAUGUUUCACCGCUUGGCAGCAUAAUAAAACUUUGGUAAUCUCCCCACUCUAGAAA